CCUGGCAGGAAGCGGAAGACGGGGUUAUAAAAUAAAGGAAGUCAGAACCUGCUCUGGUUUUGUUCGCCGUGUUCUUUCACCACCCUUUUUCGUAACUGAACUCGAGCCAGUUGCCCACCGGCCUAGCAUCGCUUUCACCAUGGCUCUCAGCGAUGCUGACGUGCAGAAGCAGAUAAAGCACAUGAUGGCUUUCAUUGAACAAGAAGCCAAUGAGAAAGCAGAAGAAAUAGAUGCAAAGGCAGAAGAAGAGUUUAACAUUGAGAAAGGCCGUCUUGUGCAAACCCAAAGACUGAAGAUUAUGGAAUACUAUGAGAAGAAAGAAAAACAGAUUGAGCAGCAGAAGAAAAUUCAGAUGUCCAAUUUGAUGAAUCAAGCAAGACUCAAAGUCCUCAGAGCAAGAGAUGACCUUAUCACUGACUUACUGAAUGAAGCAAAACAGAGACUCAGCAAGGUGGUAAAAGAUACAACCAGGUACCAAGUGCUGCUGGAUGGACUGGUCCUCCAGGGUUUGUACCAGUUGUUGGAGCCCCGAAUGUUUGUUCGUUGCAGGAAACAAGAUUUUCCUCUAGUAAAGGCUGCAGUGCAGAAAGCUAUUCCUAUGUACAAAAUUGCCACCAAGAAGGAUGUAGACGUCCAAAUUGAUCAGGAGGCUUACCUGCCUGAGGAAAUAGCUGGUGGAGUUGAGAUCUAUAAUGGGGAUCGUAAAAUAAAGGUUUCCAACACCCUGGAAAGCCGGCUGGAUCUCAUAGCCCAGCAGAUGAUGCCUGAAGUACGAGGAGCCUUGUUUGGUGCGAAUGCCAAUAGGAAGUUUUUGGACUAAGCCGUUGGGAGGUGAAAUUAAUCCACUGCUAAAGCAAGAUUGUCUAUGUAGCUUGCUAUGUGGCUUCUUCUUUGUUGUUCUGGUAUUAUAUUUAUCAAUGGAUAUCCUUCUGUAGCUAACGCCUUUGGCCUAAUGUUAACAAUGGAUGGUUUCCUCAGUGUGAUCAGGACCCACUUGUAGUUUGUCUAAGGUACCAUAGCUUUUAUUUGGUUCUGCAGCUUGAAGAGGAGGGGUCAGAUGGUACUUCAUGGACUACACCAAGUCUCCUGUUCUUUUCACUGUUGUAAUUACCUAGUCUCUACAGUGAUAUGCAUGGUGUUUUUUGCUCUUUAGGUGUGGGGUAUGCAUUCCUUCCAGCAAUAGUACCUUGUUACCUAUUUGGGCCUAGAAUUUUUCUUCAUCUGUAAAUGUGAUUUAAGUUGUGAACAUUAUUUAUUAAAACAAAAGAUUUAUGUGGA